CAGUACAUAAAGAUCCGUCUUGACAAUAGGAGCUCAAUGAAUUGCAAUGAUUCAUUGCCUCUUGUAAUCGAUUUGCAUGCUCACCCCAACCAGCAACAGUCGGUCCGGAAACCACAAGGCCAAUUUUCCGUGCUGCGAUUCGGGAAACGAACCUAACAACAUCUCACAACGACAACCAUGAGCGCGACAAACGACCAGACCGCAUCGCCUACCGACGCCGGCACCCCAGCGGCGCCCCGUCGAUCCGAAUCUCCAACGGGAAUCGCAAAGGAUCCCACCGCGGGUGACGCGGGAGAAGCUGUCCCGCCCCAGGGAUGCUCUGGGAAAACGGUGGGAACGAGCCCCCGUGCACCAAUGCCGCUCGCCGACGCCGAAACCAAGAACGGGAAGAAGAGGCCCCUGGCAUCCGUGGGUGCCGCCGAGAGUCCCCGGAAGAAAACUACCGAGGAUUUGGCCAUCGGCACCAAAGCCGAUCGUCAGGCCCGUGCUGUGGGCCGUGAUCCUUUUCAACGGAACCUGCCCAUUCCGUUUCUGGUGAAGACGCACGCUACCAGAAACGAUGAUAGUAAAUCGAAUACAGUUCCUUCCGGGAGAAAGAAGAAAAAGAAACGGUAUUCGUCGAUUCUAUCCGGAAUGAUACAGUCGAAGAAGAAGGAAACAAACAUAAUGAUUGAGCGGGAGGCACUGCGCAAGCACCUUGGUGGGGGGGAUUAUGCCAAGGUGGACAAGAUAUGAAGCGAUGCAGCAUUGUGCAUCUGCUGAAACAGAACUGUUCAUCUUGUUUUUUAAAAGCACCAUUGGUUCACUUAAAACAUUACUGCAGUCCACUAUCAAACAAUCAUUGGAAUGCUUCGAAUGAGAAAAUGUAAAAUAAGUACAGUAUAAUAGUAUGAAUGGACCUGGAUGCUACGACCGUGAUUCUGUAUUGAGACGACCAAUAGUGGACCACCGAGCAAUAUUUUGCAAAAAUUUGUUCACUUUUAUUAUUUAAUGAAUAGAGCACUUGAUU